AGUUUGUGCCUUUUAUAUUUGAAGAAAUCCUGACUGAGCAGGAACCCACAUUCAGGAACAGAGCCCUUUACUCCUCCCACAGAAUGAAUGGAGACCAGAAAUCAGAUGUUUAUGCCCAAGGAAAGCAGGAUUUCAUUCAGCACUUCUCCCAGAUCAUUAGGGUGCUGACUGAGGAUGAGAUGGGGUACUCAGAGACAGGAGAUGCUAUUGCCCAGCUCAAGGAGGUCCUGGAAUACAAUGCCAUUGGAGGCAAGUAUCACCAGGGUUUGACGGUGCUAGUAGCAUCCCGGGAACUGGUGGAGCCGAGGAAACAGGAUGCUGAUAGUCUCCAGCGGGCCCUGACCAUGGGCUGGUUUGUGGAACUGCUGUAAGCUUUCUUCCUGGUGGCAGAUGACAUCAUGGAUUCAUCCCUCUCCCCCCAGGGACAGAUUUGGUGGUAUCAGAAGCCUAGCAUGGGUUUGGAUGCCAUCAAUGAUGCUAUGCUUCUAGAAGCAUGUAUCUACCACCUGCUGAAGCUCUAUUGCCUGGAGCAGCCCUAUUACCUGGACCUAAUCCAGCUCUUCCUGCAGAGUUCCUAUCAGACUGAUAUUGGGCAGACCCUGGACCUCAUCACAGCCCCUCAGGGCAAUGUGGGUCUUGGCAGAUUCACUGAAAAGAGGUACAAAUCUAUUGUCAAGUACAAGGCAGCUUUCUACUCCUACCUUCCUGUAGCUGCAGCCAUGUACAUUGCAGGAAUUGAUGGCGAGAAGAACCAUGCCAAUGCCAAGAAGAUUCUGCUGGACAUGGGAGAGUUCUUUCAGAUUCAGGAUGAUUACCUUGACCUCUUCGGGGACCCCAGUGUGACCAGCAAAGUUGGCGCUGACAUCCAGGACAACAAAUGCAGCUGGCUGGUGGUUCAGCGUCUGCAACAGGCCACUCCAGAACAGUACCAGAUCCUGAAGAAGAAUUACGGGCAGAAGGAGGCCAAGAAGGUGGCCCAGGUGAAGGCACUAUAUGAGGAGCUGGAUCUGCCGGCCGUGUUCUUGCAAUAUGAGGAAGACAGUUACAGCCACAUUAUGGGUCUCAUUGAACAGUACGCAGCACCCCUGACCCCAGCCAUCUUUCUGGGGCUGCUGCGCAAAAUCUAUAAGCAGAAAAAGUAACCUAGAGACUGCAAGGGAGGGGAGAGGAGGCUCUCAAUA